AUGGGGAUCUCCGCGUCCAGUCUGCUGGAUGAGACCAAAUCCAACUACAUCAGAGGUAAAACCAUCUUCAUCAUCUUCAUCAUCUUCACCCUGAUCUCUCUCCGCGGUGAGGACGCGCCGCUCCGCGCCGCUCUGACCGCCUUUCAUUCACUCUCUCCGGGCCGUUUCUGUUCAUUUCAUCGGAAACUUCCGCCUGUGUGUCGUGUCUCUGCCCACUGUGGAGCCCCACAGUCAGCCUCGGUGGGAUUUUCAGGAGUGGAUUUACCAAGUUAGAGACGCGCUUUUCUCUCCGCGCUCCGUGGAGACUCUGAAUCAGUGAGUUUGAGAGUCAGUCUGUGUCUCAGUCCUGUCUGUGGAAGACUCAGAGCUGAGAGUUCCUCUGUCAACAAACCUGAGCUCCUCCACAGAUCGAAAUCUGCUCUGAGGAGCCUGUCAGUCCGGUUUUCUCUGGUCCUGGCUCAGAGAUAUUCGCCCCUGAGACUCAGAUUCCCUCUUUUUAGGGCUCUGAGUUCUGAGCAGUUUUCAGGGGUUUCUGCUCAGUUAUCGAGGGUCUGAUCAGGUCACUCGAGUCUUUCCAGUCCUGCAGGGAGAGAAAAGUGAGACAGGAGAGAGUGCCAGGACCUGUUCGCCUCUUUUGUCUCUCUCUGGGUGUGUCCACGGGUGGAUCUGUGCGGACAAAAGAUCCUCCUGUUGUUGUUUUUCCAGCAGAGUGUGGAGGAGAACACACGAAGGGACAGGUGCACACUCCUACAGGUGUGCACGCAGACGGGGACGGUGGAAGAGAGAACAAAUCUCACCAAUACUGGAGCAGCUUCUGAUUUACUGCUGCCUCUCUUUAUCGUGUCGUUCUUCAUGUUUGUACCGAUAACAGAUGAUGUUAGGAGAGACUUGAAACUCGCCAAAGUUGACCACAAACUGAGUUUCAGUCACACUUCUGACAGGAAGAAGGCGUUUCUUUGAGAUGAUAGAUUUCCACAGUUCUCAGUCCUGUUUGUUGAUCUCAGGGGAGCGUGGAGGUGAACGAGUUAACCUUUAAAUCAAUAUGGAUGUCAGAAAUCAAACAGAUAAAGAGAGAGAGAGAAAAGGUCAAACACGAUCAGAGCUUGUGAAGGAUGGAGGAGAGGUCAGGAGGGUGUCCUCAGAGGUCCUGAUGUUUGCAGACGAUGUGGUUCUGUUGGCGUCUUGGACCUCCAGCGGGUUUGGUUCGGUUUGAGCAGGAUGAGAGUCAGCGCCUCUGAGACUCCAUGGACUGAUCUCCACGUGUGGGGAGCGAGUUUUUGUCCCAGCUGAGGGGAUUUUGUCGGGACUGACCCCUUUAAGAGGGUUCUGAGCAUUAUCUGUGGCUAUAGAGUGGCGUUUUGGUUGAGGGCGUGUCUCUCUGUAUUACUAUCCUGCGGUCGUUACUAAAGUUGGUAUAACUAGAGAAGAAAGCGGUCGACAACAUUCAUCUCUGGAGGCGGGGUCUGACUCGGUGUAUUUGACCCUAAAUUGAUUUCACGCCAGAAUAUCCCUUUAAGGUGGUUUAGCGCCACAUUCAUCCAAACGGAGCAGACCCUGAGGGAUUAUAUAUAUUCAUGAAUAUCCCAUGUGGUCUUUGAACGCCCCGGGAUCCUAAAGGAUCGGGUGGAAAAUGGUCUGGGAUUAGGGCUGCAUGAUAUAUCAUUUGAGCGUCGUCAUGGUGAUGUGCGUGUGCGCGAUAGUCACAUGUCAGAGCCUGUGAUGUCGAAGGCGAAUGAACUCAUCUAAUUUCAAGGGUAGCUGACUGAGAUACACUCCAUGCAGAGAUCCACCAAUCACAUUCGUUCUUUACUCAGUUGCUAAUCCAGCCGUCAAUCAAAAUCAGAGAGGAGGAAACCACGCCCCUGAACAUGGAGUGAGUCGCUGGCGCUGCCGGUGUUGUGCUGAGAAACGCUUGUCUGCUGAGAAUUACUGAGAAAACCGCUGAAGAUGAAGACUUGUUGAUAAAAAGAAAAGGAAAGUCAGUUAUCUGGAAUUAUUUCAGAUAUAAGAAGGAUGUCGACCAAAACACGUGUUCUGUGUUCGUCUGUUUCCACGGUAACGUCCAGAACAAUAAAAACUAAAAAUAUCUCUGAGACAGACAGAAGACAGUCUACUAACAUUCACUAAGAUCAGAGCAGGUUAACUGUCCUCAAGAUUUCAGCAGAAACUCAGAUUCAGGUCAUCUGAGGAUUAAAAAAAAAUAUUUUUAAUAUUUAAUAUUUAAUAUUUUUUAAUAUUAUUAUUUUUUAAAAUAUAAAAAAUAUUUUUUUUAAUAUUAAGAAAUAUAUUUUUUAAUAUUGCAGGAUUGAAAAAAUUCCAAUGUUAGUUUUUUUCCAAUAUCGUGCAGCUUUAACUGGGAUGAGUGGGUGUGAAUGGACGGAUGAUUUUAAAACAUGAUUAGAAAAGUUGUCGUAUAAAAACUCAUUAAUAGUUCAGCAGACUUAGAGCAGGAUGGAUGGAUGAGUGCGGAGUGAGCGGCACAGCGGCGGUCUGUUGUUUUAGAUUUAAGAGUCUAAAACCACGGUCACUUCUGCAGUCAGAGGAUCGCGGUUUUCAUCAGCCCGACCUGUUCCUGCAGCGCCGUAAUGAAACAGAAAGUUCCAGGCCUGCAGGAUGGAGGCUGCUGCUGCUUCUUGGGUCACAGCGACAACAGCGGGGGUCAGAGUUCAGGAAAUCCACGCCGUUGUAAACAAACAAAAUAAAGGUGAAAAGUCAGAGCGAGCCGAGAGCACAAAGAGGGAAAACAGGAGAUCUUAGUGUCAGCAAAGAUGAAUGUGGAAACACAAACGCCGCUGUUGUCAAGGUCCAACACUUGUGGCGUUGGCUCUGCUGUUGCCACGGCGACAGGAAAAAAGGGUGUCAUAUGUUAGAAAUGAGGAUGGAGGAGUGUGAACGAGUGUGUCUGACGCAAACAAAACCACGUCAUCGACCUGCUGAGAGGUCUGAGAGUUAAAGGAGAUUCUCGUCUUUAAAACCUGAGACCAGGUUUAACAAACUCAGAGUCUGAACGACGGAUAAGUUCAGGUUAGUUAGUUCAGCCUGCAGCUGGGAAACAGGCUGUAACGGCUGCAACGUGACUCUAGGGGGCGAACAGUUGAGGUUCGGGACGGCGACACGUUUCAACACAGCAGUUCCAGGAUCAGGUUUCUCAUCGUGUGUCCUCAGCUCUUCUUCUGUAGAUCUCAGUGAACCCAGCAGACCAGGUUCUGGUCAGGGUCUCCUUGGUCCUGUUUUUGCGGGACAGAUCAGGACCGCAUCAGUCCAGGACUCUUCUCCUACAGAGCCAUGCUGUUGUCAGAACGUGGUUUGGGAUCAUCUGAAGGUCUUCCCUGAGAAAGUCUUUGUCUGGAUGGACGCAGAUGUUGAUCCUAGACCUGGAGAUGUUGUUUAAAACUAAGGAUGCAGCAUCUAUGAUUUCCAGUUCUACAUUGAAAAGAGAGUUAGAUUUUGAUCCAUCAGACCUCAGGACGGUUUCCUCGUCCCCUCAACUUGUCUUACCCGAGAUCUCGAACGGCAGCGAUUUUCGCCGUCCGCCAAUUCCCACUGGAUUCGUUUGUGAGGCGAAUUUCAUGGUGGAUUACGAACAGUAGGAAUCACGAACUCACAAGAACCCGCAGAUUCACGUUCAAUCACACAAUAACGAGUUGUCUCUCUAAAGACAGACACAUAGACAUAUAAGCAGUAGAUUGUGUCCUUCCAGAGGAGGAAAUCUACUUCUAGACUUCUAGAAUCAGCAUCUCCUCAUCCAUGGUGUCAUCGGGGUGAAAUGACGUCUAAAAACCUUUCACUUGUUCGUCUCCGCCCGAACAAAUGAAAGGUUGUGUUUUAUUUUGAAAAGAAGCCGGAUGUUUUAUUUUGUGUCUGUGCCCGACUUCCUUUCCAGCACGGGUUAAUCUGUGCUGAAUUUAUCCGCCAUGCUCCGGCGUCCAGAAAAAAUAGAACUCUGGCGAUCCUCAGAGGAACGGAAAGAAGUCGGUGUAAAUUGACACGUUAACUUGAAUGUUUACGAUCAGCUACGAUCGGAGGAGACGACCUUUUCGUAGCUGUUUGUAGAUGUGUUGGGGGUUGGAUAAGCUCAGAGGUCCAGGUCUCUCAGGUGUCUCUGGAUCCUGUUUCUAUCUGGUUCAGUUUGAAUCUUUGAGUCCAUGCGGUGAUUUCCACUCCAGAGUCUGUCUGUCUGUGUUUAAAGCGGUGCUGUCUCUCUGAAUGUCCUCCAUUGACAGAAACGUCAGUUUAACCUCCUUCCUGUUUGACAGCUGAGUCACUCUUGACUGAGGUUUUAUCAGCCGCCGCCUUCAGGGUCUUUAGAGGAACAUUUACAGUCUUUAAACGGACUAAAAGAGGGCUCUGUUCCUGCUGCUUCUAAACCGGACUCUGUCUCUGUAAAGAUCCUCUCUGUUGUUCGACACUAAAAAUAAAAUCCGAGUCUUUCAGAGACAUGAACGAGAACUCUGAGAGGAGACAGACUCGGAUGUUUCAUCGAAUAGAAACCUUCACCUCAAAUAUGUGAAGACGACAGGCCGGAUUUAGAAAAGUGGAAUUCCCCGUAAAAGAAUAAUUCUGUGUUUUUUAAUUCUCCGUCUGAAAUCAGCGCUCGGCCUCAGUCACGUCUGUUUUCAUGUUUUCCUCGUCAGAUUUUCCUGGCUGAUGUUUGGCGUAGCAGAGGGCUAACUCAGAGCAGCAACACUGAGCAUCUAUUCCUCAUGCUGGAAACAUUUCCUCCCUCACUGAGUCUGUGUGUGCGUGUGUGUGUGUGUGUGUGUGCGGAGUGGAGGUUUCAGGGUGGGGUGGGUGUGUUUGGGAGAGUUUGUUGAAUAAUUUCUGGCAGGGUUCAGGGUUGGGUAGGUGCCUGGCUGAUUCCUGCUCUAUGAUUCAUGAGCUGUCAGCUCUGGUGCAGCUUUGGCGGAGGCCGAUCUCUCGACACGCCGGGUUUCUCUCUCUCUCUUGUUCUGUUUGUGUUCUCCACCGUUUGAUGAAGCAAAAUGUCAUUUUUCUUUUUAUCUCUGACUCAUUAUCAUCAUCCACCAUCAUCUGCCAAUGCAAACACAGUUCAUCUGUAAACAGUUCAGUUUGUGCAAGAGGGCUGAGCGUGAUAUUUGACAUUUAGAGCAGAAUGGAGGCUCCAGGUUUGAUGCUGUUGGAUCUAAUGAGGCUGAAGUUUGGGAGAACAUAUUUUCAUGCAUGUUUGCUCCUUAUAAUGUGAGUCAUGGAGGGAUGCAAAUCUGUACAAUUUACAUGUUUUUUAAUUUUUUAUUUUUGCACAUGGCCUAUCCAAACUCCAUUCAAAAAAAUCAACAAUUUAACGAGUCGUUUAUCCUAAAUUCCCUUAAUUCGGCAUCCGUUUGACUUCUUCAUUGCGGUUAGAUGAUGUUGGAGUCAGUUACGUUUUUGCCAAGAUGGAACAAAGUUUGUCAAAAUCUCAUAACCAUAAAACCCAGAAUAGAAGUCGCAGGUUUAUUUGCUGUUCUCUGUAAAUGUAUUGCACCUAAAGGCAGACUGCUCCUCUCAUCUUAAACUCUGAUUUCUACAGUCCAUGCAAAGUCAAUGCAAAGAAGCCCAUCUGCACUCGAAGAUGCAAAUCAUGAAAACAUGCAAAGUUGCAUCAUUCCUAUAUUUGUGAGUCAUGUUUAUGGCAGGGCACUGACUGGUGAAAGCUCAUAAAGCGGUCAGACCAAACUCCAUGUAAAAAAACCAACACUUUAAAAGCAGUAAGCUUGCUAUUUUGCAGACGGACCUGGUGAAUCAUAACUGACACUUCUUUGUAAACCUACAUCAUGACUGAUCGUUUCGGCUGACUAAAAGCUGCUGAUUACAGCGCCCCUGGUGGACAAAGCAGCGCCUGUGAUCUCUUAAACAUUUCGUCCUGUGCAUGUGUGAAUCUCUGUCUGUUAAAAGUAAGUAGAAGAAAUAUCAACUGGUACGUACACGUGAAUCUGUUUUAAUCACAGUCUAUUUCAUAUCCAUUAAAAAACUCCUUAUAGUAGCUUUAAGCGGGUGUUUCGUGUGACGUCGUUGCUAAAAACACAUCUCUCUGCUUUGGCUUUAAUCGACGGUCGAUUAUGAAAACUCAAACAUCUUCAGUUGUUUUUGUCCGUUGUGUUUUUAUUACGUUAUUAGAGGUGCUUAAGUGUCAUUCUAAGCUGUAUUUGCUUUUCCAUAGUGUGUCUUUUGGUCUUGUGAGGCGCUGCGGUUUAUCUGUUUGUUCGUGUGCUCAAAUAAACGCCGCCUCGACCUGACUCGAGAAGUUCAGGGAAUCGAUGAUUGUUUCUCAAACUAAUGAAGAAAAGGCCUCGCACAAACCUGCUUUUAUUUUGAUAUUUUCUCCAUCUUACAUUCAGGUUGAGUCAUUUCUGAGGCUUUUAUUUUGAAGUAUGCCUCUCCUGUUAUAAAAACAUGAUCAAGUUUAAAACCGUCAUUCGAUCAGUGACCCUGACGUUGUUUUUGGACUCACAGUAAAUCUUUGAGGGUCCAUUUUUAAACGGUUACUACAGCUAGCUCACAGGCAACUUCUUCUUCUUCUUCUUCUUGUUCUUUGACUCUCUUCUUGCUGACGUUACCUGUCCAGGUUAAUUCGGUCCUUAAUGAUGAUCCAUCCUCAGAGUUUGUGGAGGUCAUAUUUCGGCUGAAGCUGAGUUCGCCUUCCUCAAACACCACGUCCACCACGAGACGAUGUUUGACUUUGGAAACCCGACAGAGUGGCGGCUCCUGUUUGUAGUCCACAGAAGAUAAACAGAGGAGCAAACAGGGAGAGUCAUCUGAGAAGGUUCUGUAUUAUUCAUCAGUUCUCAUUAGACCGCUUCCUGCCUCAUAAUGGUCCAUCAGUGACUCAUGCUAAGUCUUAAACUGAUGGUGGUUUCUGAUUGGUCAGGUCUGGAUCAGGUCCAGAUGGUGCUAAUAGCUUUUAAACCUAAUUCUUGAAGGUCCGAAAUCAGGUGACCUUAUUUUCAGACCUCUGCUGACUAACGAUAAUGUCCAAAGUAAAUCAGCUCGUCUUAUUGGACAGUUUUGUGCUGGUCGUUGAUGGAUUCGUGUCGCCAAAGUCAGCUGUGACGGCCUGUUGGUUCUUUCUGGUACCUUUCUCGUUUUUACUGUCCGUCUGUCUGAAACCACACAGAGAGUAUCCAGCCUCUGCUGCUGAGCUGGUGUUUCAGUCGUAUUUGUAACUGUUUCAGAAGAUUUGGAAACACAAGAUCAGUUUGGACACUUGAGAAAUUUCCCACCAUCGAGUCCGAGAUGUUUCUCCCACGUAUACUCGUCUGACGCGGCCGUGAACAGUUGUCUUUGUUUUCGCCGUGGCUCUUCACGCUGUGUCACUCUGCCUCCAGCUGCCAUUACACCACCGCUCAGAUAUUCAGAGGAGCUGCGGGACCGUGAAACUUUCCCCCACUUUAACUCCACAAAGAGAGGAAACUGCUGCUGCUGCACAGCCUCUCCGCUGGAAACCCACCUGUUGUUUACCGGCUGAACAACACAAUACAAACACGACUGAAAAGAUCUGCGGCUGUGAAACCAGCAAACAGCAGCUGGGAAACAGAUGGUUAAUAUCUUAUACUGUGGUGUAUCAUGUCAUAUAUGGGUUGUAAUGAUUGUGGCUCACUGUAUCAUAUAUCUAAUCUAGGAUUCUCACCAUACUAAAACUUUAACUUGAUAUCAAUACCCAAAAAAAUACUCAAUGCCAUUUUUGAUACUGCAGGGAUAAAAAACGACAAAUACUUUAAAAGGCAUAAGAAAUAUUUUUAUUAGCAUGAAAAACAGAACGGCAGAUAAAUAAUCAAUUAAAAAAUAUAUAUUUAAUUAUCUCAAAAUGAAAAAUAUAAAAUGAUUAAAAAAAAGACAAUCACUUUUUCACUUCGAACCCAGGUUUCUCCACCGUCCUCACAGACACUCUGCAGCUACAGCUACAGUUUAUUCCGAUCAAUCAAUCUGAUCUAUCGAAAAGCAGCAGAAAAGUAGGCGUGGUUUCUCGGUUUAGUUGCAGGUCGACUUCUCUCUGCUUCAGUCUGCAUCUUAAAGAAGAAAACACGUUUGAGUCACGUUAGCGAGCUAAAGACUGCUAGCCGCGGGCCCGUGGCUAAUGGCUAAUAACAAAACAAACAACAUUCACUCAGUAUAAAGCUAACAGUGGCUACCCUGGAUGCGAUAUUUUUUUUUUGGAGGAUGGUAGGGGAAAGCCCCGCCUCCUUCGCCUCUGAUUGGCUAGAAAAGCUGGAAACGUCACCAAACGCUCAAGCCAAACACAGACUGUCGGCUCUGUACAUCGAACAGAACGUUACCGCGCUUCUGAAUCUCCGAGCCCUAACCCGACAGACGAUGACGUUUCACAGCCAUUAGGAAUAACCAAUCAGAGCCCAGCACUUCUAGCCAAUCAGAGGCGAAGGAGGGCGGGACCUUCCCCUACAAUUUUACAAAAAUAAAUUCACAACCCCGGACUACAGUGGAGCGCCAGCCACAGCUAAUCACAAAACAACCAACAUUCACUGAGUAUAAAGGUAACCACGGCGACCGCUGAUUAAUGUCGACCACGACCCGACUAACAUCAUUAAUCGGUUUCAUACAGUACGGUAAAAGACGAACAGGAGCUUUACGAACCUGCCGGAAAUCGUCAUGAAGGCCCGGGUGUCGGUCCUUAAGGUGUUUUACUGAGUUAGUUGUGCUACUCGACUUUAUCGCCCCCACUUUGAAACACUGACCAAACUUAGCAGCAAUAAAACACGGGACAGGGAGCGGGGGCUGUCCUGAUCGGGUCGGCUGCGCUGCUUGUGGAGUUCGCUCGGCAGGCGCUGUGGACACGCGCACCAUAGUAUCGAUGCCAUGGCGAAUUAGUAUCAUAUCCGGAUAUGGCGAUAACUUUCAAAGUAUCAAUACUUUUGACAACCCUAAUCUAAUCGUAUCGUUCAGUAUUUGGUACAGGAUGAGCGUCUGAAGGUUUGUAUUUAAGUGUCACAUCUUUAAAGAGGAUCAUCAGGACACCGGACACCGCGUCUGAACUGUUUUUGCUUGUAGUUUAGCAGCGUAAGGUCUUUCUGAUAGAGUCUCCUCUUCCUGCUGAUGACGGUUUUCCAGUCCCGAGUCUUAAAGUUCAGGUCUCCUCUCCACGCGGGUUAUUUUGAGUACAAACAUCAGCAGGGAUCAAGAACUGGGUGUUCAGACCUCCUUCCUCCAUCCAGGUAUGAUGGUAUGUGAGAGUCAAACAGGCUCUGCUGCUCGUAAACGUCACUGACGGAUGGAUCAGUCAGAGACGUCGACGCCCGUGUGGAGCUGAGAUGGAGAGAAAAGGGGGUUUCAGUGAAAUCACAUCAGGGCAGUAAAACCCGUCCGCUCUGAGGGGGAUGUUUAUCGACGUAACCUUUCCACCGACUGCAAUGACCUCCUCCGUCUCUCCAUGAUAUCCUCCACGCUAACGAGAGCGGAGACAAACAUCCAUUAGAUCGCUGACCCCGCUGUAGCUCGCAGCUUCGUUUUAAUGAGGAAGUUCAGCGGAAACCCGCUUCGGUUUGAUGGUUCUGCGGACAGACUGAGUGCUCUGUAAUGAUUCAUUAGCUCUGAAAGCCGAGCCGAGUUUUCAUCUUUGGGUUUCUACCUGCUGAUGAAGCCGUGAGCGCUGUCGUCUGAUUGGUCACUUUGUUGAUGGUUAAUUCAUAAAACUGAUAAACCGGCUCGUCUUUUAUCGGGUAAAUUAGGCGUCAUCGUCUGAUGGAUGGACUCAGGGCUGCAGAAGUGAGUGUGUGUGUGGCCAGUACACUCACAUAUUUGUGUCUCACACACACACACACACACACACACACACACACACACAUACACACACACACGCACACACACACCGCCCCCCCACUCAUUGUCUCAGUCAGACAUUUUUCUGCCUUGCAGUAACUUGUUCAGUGUCUCGAGUAUUUCCUGACUGACGACACACACACACACACACACACACACACACACAGGGAGACUUUUCCUUUGACCUCACGCUGAGACGAACCCGUGUGACCAGCAGCUAAAAUGGCGCCUGAGAAUAUCAACAGUUACAGAUUAUUUCUGAUUCGAGCUUCAAACCGUCAAUCAAAGCGAUCAGCAGUGAUUGAAAGUGUGUAGUGGGGUCUGAAUCUGUUGUGGUCAGUGUUUGUGGGGACUCUGUGUGUGUGUGUGUGACAUGUGUGGACAUGUCAGCGAUCAACUCUCACACCUCAGAUAACCGCAGGUUUAGUCUUUUGAACUCAGAUGAACCCAGAAAUUCCUCAGUCUUUGGAGGUUUUUGUGAUUCUUCACCUGCCGGACACUCAGACACUCGGAUCUUUGGAGGUGACGCUCGAAACACCGAGUUUCAGUGUCAGAGAAGAAAACAAAAAAAAUCACGUAUUUAAGAGUUUGACAGGUUUGAGUCUGAGAGAGGAACCUCACGAAAACCAGGGAAACAGAUUCGAUUUCAUUAAAAUACCAGUUUGGUUAUUUUUUGCGAGUCAGCACAAAUUACAAACUGAGAUAUUUCUGUUUGAGACGUUUUUAGGGACCUUUUCUCUCAAUUAUUGACAUCAGCGUGUCCUCCUCCCCAACACUAGGGGGCGAUAUGGGUCUUUUCAGACGUCAGAAGUGUCUACAACUGCUGCUGGGCAUUUUGGAGAAACAAGAAGAUGGAGCAUCGUACAGCGUUGUUUUUGUCCGACAUGAUGGACGCGCUACUUUUUCUAAAGAUGAGACCAACGCUACUCCUCUACUCUGGGGGUUUGUUACGGGGUUACGGGGGCGUGGCCUCAUACUCCGACUACGCUGGUUACAUGGUAGAGAAAAUCGAAUUCCAAUCUCAUUAUCUGAGAGUUCUCAAACUCUGAUUAUAGUCGGACUAAGGUGUUUACAUGACCUUCAGUUGUCCGGUCUUAAUCGGAAUAAGGCGAUAAUUCGGUUUUCUUGAGUGUCAUGGAAACGGACUGACUGUCAGGACACGGCUGUUUGUUUUGCAGUGUAAAACAAGACAUCAGCACUGACUGUCACAACUCAGUACAACACAAAACGAUGUGUUCGAAUAUGAUAUGAAACCAAAAGAUGCAAAAUAAAACUUUAUGAUAUGAUUUUAGUGAAUCACUUUUAUACCAAACAAUAUAAUAUAAAAUGGUUGAUUGUAUUUGUUCCUAACUCAGAUCGUUACUGUUUCACACUGAUUAUUUUCAAGGUGACACUGUGCGCUUACGUCACCGCGGUAGAAGGAGGAGUUAGCGGGUUUUGGUUUAUUGGAGCAGGAAAAAAUGAACGAUGAGAGGGGCUUUUCUUCUGCAGAGCUCCAGCUACUUGUUAGCUGCGCUGCUCUGCGCACUCCUCUUCACGCUAGCUUGUAGCCUAACGUUGCCGGUGUAGCAGCAGAGGAAACAGGUAACAUAAGAACUAAUCAGCUCUGAGACGAUAAUGUCUUUGAGGACAUGAUGAUAAUUAACUGUCUUACGAGUAUUGCAAUCUGUUUAUGCACACCCUCGUCCCACAAUUGUCCUCUCUACUUCUCUAAGUCUGGCCAUAGCAGGGCUCAGGGGGCGGAGCUUGGAUUUGUGACAUAGGAAAUCUUACUGUGUCUGAACCUGCAGUUUUGGUCCGCCAGAGAUUCACAGAUUUGAAUGAAAAAUACUCAGAAAAGGAAUUUCACGCUUAUUUUUCUCAUGAUGUGUCCUGUAGCAUCAGGAAAAUGAAGAUAUGAACAUGUAGAGAACAAGAAAACAUGAUUUUUAUCGGAGCGGGUCUUUAAGUCUGUAGAUCUGAGUUUUCUUAGUGCAGGUCUGAACACUGUUUCCAAAACAGACGUGUUAGUUUGUGUUUCUGCGUCACUCUGAAAAGAAUCCGGUAUGUUGAGCUGUAUUUUGUGACUUUCCUCUCAUGCGUGUGGGUGUUUCUGUAUGUUUGUUUUCUCUGAUGCGUUGCCCCACAGCAGCGUUGUGUACCAGCGGUUGUGGUCAUGCGUGUCGAUUGUGCAGAGGUGGUAAAGUGUGCAGAUCUGGAGAUUAUUUGUAGAUGACAGCUGAGACAGCAGCAGCACUCUUUCAGCAUGAGGACAUUUCCUGUGUGAAACAACACUUCUGCUUUCUGAGCCUGAAGAUUUAUGUUUUUAUUUCUGUGGCAGGGUUACAGCUCCGUGAUAAAACUCUGCACAAAUCUGUCAAACCUGACGAGGAGGAGGAGGAGGAGGAGGAGGAGGUGCUGCUCUCUUUCUUACUCACAGUUUCACUAAAGAAGUGAAGAAGAUGACGGUUCGAGCUGAAGCGCGCUCUCCUUGGCAGGAGUCUGAGGUCUUAAAAACUUGACGAACUCUGAGUUUAUUUAACGCAGUCACUGAUUUAUCACCUGCUGCUGAAAGUGGACGAGCAGGUCUCUCCAGAGGAACAGGGGCCGACUGUGGAGCAGCAGCAGCAGCGCCGCUCUCAGUCAUACCACACAUACCAAACACUCACAUACCAACAUACAGUACAUUUCAGUUAAAGAAAGGCCGAGACGUGUUCUCAGAGUUCGUCAUCUUCGAGCUGACGAACUCUCGGGUAAAAACAGACACGGCGUUUCCUGUGAGAGUUUCUCUAAACCCAGAGAUGAGACGACCUGACUGUUUUAGUCUGCAGACGUCUGUGGGUCGACAUUUACUGAUGUGUUAUUCUACAAACCAAACUAGAACUUCAAUUAAACACAAGUCGUCACAAAAUAAUCGUCCUCUGAUUUUUGCGAAGAUUAGUUCGGCUCCAAACGGACGUUUUUUCCUGGAGGAGUCUCGAACCCGGUUUUUAUACGUUUGUUGACGGACUCAUUUCCAAACCAAACAGUGAAUCUAAGUGAACAAACAGCUUAAAAAAAUAACUGUAUUCAACAUCACUGCACAGCUCUGCUCAUGUAACAUCAAUCAGGUGAGCGGAGGCCGCGCUCUUAAAGAUUUGAGUUCAUCUGAUGGAGAUUAUGUCAUUAAUCCGGUUAAUUAGGUUAUCAUAUACCGAGGAGGCUUAAUAGUCCAAGUUUUUGUUGUUGUUUGUUUACGUGUGACCCCGAGCUGUAAACAUCAGAGCGUAUUUAGAUCUUCGAUGUCAGGAACGUGUUUUUAAAGCAGAUGAAGCAAAUUUCUAUCAUAGAGAAAUAGAGAAGUGAGACUUUAAUGAAACGCUGACUGUCUGCUUCCCUCGAACCCUGAGCAUUAUGUCAUAGAGAUGAUGAGAGUGUCAACACGGCUCCACUUUGAUGAAACCACAUUAUGAGUCUGUUUGCUGUGCGUUCGCUGGUGUGUUUGUGUGGCACACAGAGGCGAGGUCGCUCUAUGAGACUUUUUCUACGUCUGAUUGGUUUAACAGAACGUCCUUACGGUCUGUUUUCACCACUUUACACAAUAUCAGGGUUUAAUGGAGUGUUUUUACGGCUCUAAGGGACGACUAAUGAGAAACAGGCAGAUGGUUCAUUAAGAGAAAAGCUGAUUGAAACAAACGGUCCCUGAACAGAGCGGUGAUCGUGAACGAACCCUGACUCUUUAAAGUGUUUUUCAUGUAAAUAUGAAAUUAUUCAGAAAUAAAAGAGAGAGAGAGAGAGAGAGAGAGAUUAAUGUUACUGUGUACAGGAGGAUUAUGGCGCCUCCUGUGGACAGAACUGUGCCUACGCUUAUGCCCACCGCCUCCUCCUCCCGCUCCGCUCCUUCAGUCCCUCUAACCCUCAAUUUCCACCACAUCCUGAACGUCUACGAAGAGGUCGUAUCCGCCAAUCGAAGCUAAAGGAACAGGUCAAAACACUCUUUUGGAAACGAAGAUCUGUAAAUCAUAGAUUCUGGAUACGUCGGAAUUCUGGGGUUAGACCAUCAUGACGUUCUUGUGAUUCCUGGUCUGGUUUUCGGAUCUGUUCAGGGUUCAGACUCUCCUCUGUAAGGGUUUUUAGAGACCUUGUCUUGACCCCUGACUCUGGUGGUUCUGAUGUGGAUUUUAGGACACAGCGUUGUCCUGGUUUGGGUCGAACCUGUCAGGACCCUGUUUUGUCGUCUCCUCUCCUUCAAUGUGGCGCUCCUCUAGGUUCAGUUCUCGGGCUCUUCCUGUUCUCACCUCACCUCCUCCGCUGGUUUGAUUUUAUUUAAACUUAUGCAGACGAUACACAAGUCUACCGAACCCUAGUGGACCUGGACUCCUGAGUGUCAGUCACUAAUCUGGACCUCCUUUUUUCUAUCUGAGACUUUUCUCCAAGACUGAAUCAGUCCUGUAUUUUAACGGUUUCUGCUGUGACCCCUAAACUGUAGUUCAGGCUCAGGGUCCGACACGGGAACAGCAGACCAGACAGUCCUCUUUCCUGGGGGGUCAAAUGACCGUUUUUAUUGAACGAGGCUGUUCUGGGUCUCAGAAACAGAGUCUACCUCUGCAGGUCUACGUUUCUGAAGAAGGUCAGACCCUCAGAGUAAAAACCACGACCUUUAGUGGAUCUUUAGUGGUUUUUAUUUGAAGGAGUUCCAGCCGACAUACAUUAAAAACACGCUGCACAGUGACUCUUUAACUGCGGUUUCCUCUUGUCUGUUCACGGCAGUAAAAAGCUCAUAAAGAUGAGAAACAGGCUGAUCCUGAAAGAAAACCUCUCCUGAAUAUUUCACACAGAAGAGGAGCUCCGAUCGUCCCUCAGCGCUGAUGAAAGCAGAAUUAAAGCUCCAUAAGAAGAAGAAGAAGAGGCGGUGAUACACAGGUCUUCUUUGUGAGAUGUUGUGGAGGUCGUCUGAAGGUGUGUCUGAUAUUCCUCCUCCUCUCUGUUUGCAUAACCACCUCACCUGAGAAGGAAACACAUUACACAAACAGCAGCUGCUGAUAUUUUGAAUAAACAGCAGAGGAGAGCCGACGUCGAGGACAAAUUCAAAUUCUCUCUAAACAACGUGAACCGACAUGAACUUUAGGAGGAAACAUCGCUGAAGAUCCUCCUCCGAGCUCCUCGGGUUUCACAGCAGAGACAGAUUUCCUGAAACUGUCCUCUCAGGGAAACCUGCAGCUGCUCUGAUCCUCCCCGAGUGACUGACUCACUUUGACCUGACCGAGAGCCGCUGCAGGUUACACCCCUGAACUCUCAUCAGGUUACAGGAGAAGAGUCUGUUUUAAGGUUCCUUAUAAAACCAGGAAUCGACUUAAUUAGCUUAAAAAGCUAGCUAGGGAUGUAUUGAUCGAGUAUUUGGUAUUGGUAUCGGUCCAGAUUCUGAAGAAAAUUCUAGAUCGGGUAUCGUGACAAUGGGCCCGAUGUAUAAGGGCCGAUCUACUCAGUCUAACUCUGUGGCAUCCACAAGUAAACACGCUGAGCGGACGUCAACGUUGUUUUCAAAAUGGAGCGAGUAAAAGGGUCGGCCAUCUUGAACUUUAUCACCUCAGCCUACGAACUCAACGACCACCUGCAAUAUCUGCGCAGGAAACGUUCAGAGCGACGACGGUAAAACUUCAAGUCACAACUAAAGAUAAUUCAGUGUAUCGGACGAUACUAAAUUGUAGAUAUCGGUAUCAGUAUCGGAGGUGAAAAAAGCCGAUCAGUGCGUCACUAAUGCUCGGAUUGUUAUCAAACUGAAGACGACUCAGCAAAACUGUCCACCUAACUGACACAAAGAGGACGGAAACUGAGAGACGCUAACAUCUCCGCUGAAAAUAAACACUUAUUCGACUCUGAGGAACCAAUCAGUGAUGGAAUUCUCUAGAUGCAGAACCUGCACUUCCCCGAGUGUCCACUAGAGGCUGUCUGCAGAAGCACCAGGAACCACAUACACACAAAGCCAAAAAUAAACAGUCUGGUUCGGGUUAGCUCGGGGCUCCCACGAUGUUUCGUGAUUUCGUAAAGAUGUCUGAGCUGAAAUCUGUUUGAGUACAGCUGUAAAUGUGUCGAUGUUUGUCGUGACGACGCUGACCUGAAUUUUAGUCGCUGUCCGGGCGCGGGAGUGAGGUGUUUUUGAUGCGCUUCUAGAACAAUCCAAGGUUGUUGUUGAGUUAUAUUUCGCCAUUUAUUGAUUCAAUGAAAAACAAACAAAACUAGGGCCCCGUUGGGGCACUGGCGGGCCCGAGCCACGUUGCGCCGCCCCCAGUGCGACCGCCUCCCCCUCCCGAUCGCGUCACACUCAAGGUCCAAAGAUGGUGUGCGCACUUGUCUGUGGUCAUUUCCCAUUAUAAUGAAUGGGAGGCGCAGUUUCUACCAAAACACUCGCUGCAGACAAACUACAUGUCCUAUUUGAAAAAAGUCUGGACCAUGAGUGAGGGCACAAACACAGCUAGGAUAUAUCCAAACGGCAAGUUGCUCCUCGUUACGGUGUUGCCGGGAGAGCGAUGCGAUUGAGCCAUUGAGUGAUGGGCAGGAAAAACUUGACUGUUUCUCCUGCCAUGGGGGAUGGGGGAUGGGGGAUUGGGGGGGGGGGGAUGUGGAUUCUUUUAAGAAUGUGGAUAUUUGGGUCAUCUUUGGCGCCCCCUAGAACGUAAACCGUGGGGUGCCGCGUCAUGAUUUUUAAAACUUUGACGGGCCAGGGGGUGUAGAUUGGCCUGAGCAAAUUUGGUGUCAGUGGGACGAAAGCCUUAGGAGGAGUUAGCCACAUUCCAAUGUGUGCUAAUCGGCAAAAAAUGCAAAAUAGCCCUUUAACCGUACAUUUUACAGAUACGCGCGCAUUGACUUUUUCGUAGAUCUUAUUGAGAUACAUGUGUGUGUCAAAUUUUGUGUCAAUAUGACAAAGCAUACAGGUAUGACAGUCAACAAUGUGUAUUUUCACCUUAUGGGACAAGAAAAAAUGGACUUUUUUCUCCUGCCAUGGGGGGGCGCUCUUUUGGGGAGUAAAAAUUCCUUCACAAAUGUGUUGAUGGCUGGACAUUGCAUCAUCCUAGAAAACUUGGAGGCCAGAGAGGACAAAAAUAAAAAGUUAUAAGACUUUUAAAUAUGUGGAUUUUAGGGUUAUCUUUGGCGCCCCCUAGAACCUAAACCGUGGGGUGCAGCGUCAUGAUUUGAAUAACUUUUAAUGGCCAUGGGGUGUAGAUUGGCCUGAGCAAAUGUGGUGCCGGUGGAACGAAAGCCUUCGGAGGAGUUAGCGAAAUUCCAAUGUGUGCGGAUCGGCAAAAAAUGCGCAAUAACCCUUUAACCGUACAUUUGACAGAUACGCCCGCACUGACUUUUUUGUAGAUCUUAUUGAGAUACAUGUGUGUGUCAAUUUUUGUGUCAUUUUGACAAAGCGUACAGGCGUCAGGUGAAUUUUUCACCUUAGGGGGCGCUAUGGAGCCAUUUUGCAUUGUAUUGUUUGGGCGACUUCAGAAUAUCAAAUUUUUCACCAGGCCCGGUCGUCCUGCCAAAUUUCAUGAGUUUUCGCCAGUGGGAAGUGGGCCAUUUUCCAGUUCAAAGGGGAGGAAAAAGAAACUAGGGCCCCGGUGGGGCACUGUCGGGCCCGAGCCGCGUCGCGCCGCCCCCAGCGCGACCGCCUCCCCCUCCCGAUCGCGUCACACUCAAGGUCCAAAGAUGGUGUGCGCACUUGUCUGUGGUCAUUUCCCAUUAUAAUGAAUGGGAGGCGCAGUUUCUACCAAAACGCUCGCUGCAGACAAACUACAUGUCCUAUUUGAAAAAAGUCUGGACCAUGAGUGAGGGCACAAACACAGCUAGUAUAUAUCCAAAUGGCAAGUUGCUCCUCCUUUCGGUUUUGCAGAGAGAGCGAUGCGUUUGAGCCAUUGAGCGAGGGGCAGGAAAAACUUGACUUUUUCUCCUGCCAUGGGGGGGCGCUCUUUUGGGGAGAAAAAAUUCCUUCACAAAUGUGUUGAUGGCUGGACAUUGCAUCAUCCUAGAAAACUUGGAGGCCAGUGAGGACAAAAAUAAAAAGUUAUAAGACUUUUAAAAAUGUGGAUAUUUGGGUCCUCUUUGGCGCCCCCUAGAACGUAAACUGUGGGGUGCAGCGUCAUGAUUUGUACAACUUUGAAUGGCCAUGGGGUGUAGAUUGACCUGAGCAAAUUUGAAGCCGAUGGGACAAAAGAUUUAGGAGGAGUUAGCGAAAUUCCAAUGUGUACGGAUCGGCAAAAAAUGCGAAAUAACCCUUUAACCGUACAUUUGACAGAUACGCCCGCACUGACUUUUUUGUAGAUCUUAUUGAGAUACAUGUGUGUGUCAAAUUUUGUGUCAUUUUGACAAAGCGUAAAGGCGUGACAGUCAACAAUGUGUAUUUUCGCCUUAGGAGACAAGAAAAAAUGAACUUUUUUCUCCUGCCAUGGGGGGGCGCUCUUUUGGCGAGUAAAAAUUCCUUCACAAAUGUGUUGAUGGCUGGACAUUGCAUCAUCCUAGAGAACUUGGAGGCCAGUGAGGACAAAAAUAAAAAGUUAUAAGACUUUUAAGACUGUGGAUUUUUGGGUUAUCUUUGGCGCCCCCUAGAACGUAAACCGUGGGGUGCAGCGUCAUGAUUUGUACAACUUUUAAUGGCCAUGGGGUGUAGAUUGGCCUCAGCAAAUGUGGUGCCUUUGGAACGAAAGCCUUCGGAGGAGUUAGCGAAAUUCCAAUGUGUGCGGAUCGGCAAAAAAUGCGAAAUAGCCCUUUCACCGUACAUUUGACAGAUACGCCCGCAUUGACUUUUUCGUAGAUCUUAUUGAGAUACAUGUGUGUGUCAAUUUUUGUGUCAAUAUGACAAAGCGUAAAGGCGUGACAGUCAAUAGUGUGAAUUUUCGCCUUAGGAGACAAGAAAAAAUGGACUUUUUUCUCCUGCCAUGGGGGGCGCUCUUUUGGGGAGUAAAAAUUCCUUCACAAAUGUGUUGAUGGCUGGACAUUGCAUCAUCCUAGAAAACUUGGAGGCCAGUGAGGACAAAAAUAAAAAGUUAUACGACUUUUAAGAAUGUGGAUUUCUGGGUUAUCUUUGGCGCCCCCUAGAACGUAAACCGUGGGAUGCAGCGUCAUGAUUUGUACAACUUUUAAUGGCCAUGGGGUGUAGAUUGGCCUGAGCAAAUUUGGUGCCGGUGGAACGAAAGCCUUCGGAGGAGUUAGCGAAAUUCCAAUGUGUGCGGAUCGGCAAAAAAUGCGAAAUAGCCCUUUAACCGUACAUUUGACAGAUACGCCCGCACUGACUUUUUUGUAGACCUUAUUGAGAUACACGUGUGUGUCAAAUUUUGUGUCAUUUUGACAAAGCGUACAGGCGUGACACUCAAUCAUGUGAAUUUUUCACCUUAGGGGGCGCUAUGGAGCCAUUUUGCAUUUGAUUUUUUGGGCGACUUCAGAAUAUCGAAUUUUUCACCAGGCCCGGUCGUCCUGCCAAAUUUCAUGACUUUUCACCAGUGGGAAGUGGGCCAUUUUCCAGUUCAAAGGGGCAGAAAAAUAAUAAGAAGAAGAAGAAGAAAGAAGAAUCCAUCAGGAAUAAUAGGGCUCUCGCAGCUGCUUAGCAGCUACGCUCGGGCCCUAACUAGGGCCCCGUUGGGGCACUGGCGGGCCCGAGCCGUGUCGCACCCCCCCCCCCCCCCCCAACGCGCUGCCUCCCCGUCCCAUCGCCCUCUCUGGUAACGCCCAUCACUGCAAAGACCCUUUUCCUUCAUCGACGUUUGCUGUUCUUCCUGCCAGUGCGUGUUGCUUUCACUUACACUUGCCACAGCCAGCCUCGUGAGUGCCUAGCCUAUUGGAUAUCACUGUCACCUACACAGGACAGUCAUACUUUGUUUUUUAAUUUCACAUUAAUUUCCAUAUUGUAUAAACGACUGGAAAAAACUUGAGCCCCUGCCCCUGUAUUAUCAUGUGCACGUCCCUGUUCUAGCUCCAAGGUGAAUCUUCAGUGCUCAUGUUCUCCUCAGAAGCAGUCACCUCACUCCCCUCAGGUUACUGUACACAUGCACCAACUGCCUGCUUCAGGUUUGGAUGGAGCUUCAUGGUUGUCUUUUGGAGAAAUGACCAGUCAAGUUGUGUUUGAAAUCUGAUUUUUUUCAGGGGCAAAAGGAAGCCUCCGCAUUCUUGUCAAAUAUGUAAAUAGCAUGUUUUUGCAGGUGCUAAAAAACAGACUCUGAGUGUGUGUGUGUGUGUGUGUGUGUGUGUGCGUGUGUGUGUGUGUGUGUCUGUGUGUGUGUGUGUGUGUGUAUCCUGCAGUACUCUGAGAAGAAUAAUAAGCAUAUUUCUGAGGUGAAUUUUGAAGAUUCAUCUGAGAGUUAGGUUUGAUUCGAUUCGAUUGACGCUCCCCAGCGUUCAAGUCACAUGACAUAUUUAACCGGAUGUAGCUGCAAGACGGAGCCUCGUUAACUCUCCGUUUCAACUUAUCUCAAAAGUGAGGACCUCAACCUAUAUACCAGUUUUUAAAUUGUGUUGAUAGGCCAAAUAAAACCAGAGUUAUGAUAAAUUAUGUCCGCGAUACUUUUUUUCUGCUUAUUUUGAUCACGUUCGGCGCUCGAUCGUGCUGUAUGAGACAGGAAAACAUUGCAUGCACACAUUAGUGACAGGUCAUACAGGCGGAAAAGGCUUGCCAAAAGAAAAAAAAAACACACCACAACAUCUCUCCUAUUGGUGGAAAACUUCACCACAACAACCAAUCCAAAAUUAUAUGGUGACUGAUUGACAAGGGGCGGGCGCUUACGUUCUUCCUGCAACAUGAGAAGGGAGGGAGGGACUCUCAGCAGGGAUGCAGUCUGGGACACGUAGUUGCAAACCUAGCGACUUUGUUGUUAGAUUCAAUGACUUUUCAGACCCCCUAACGACUUUUUUAGAAAGAAAGGGACUUUUAUCGACUUCUUCUGGAGUUUAGAGACUCUGACAUGAAGCAGGCUUUCCUUACUGAGGAGUUAGCAACGCUGCUAAGGGUGCAGAGCCACACAUGCGCUCCGAGCUCUGCAUGGGAGACAGAAGCUGACAGAGCUGCAGCAGUUAGCAGGUUUCACCCUCAGAGACCACCAGGGGUUCAUGUUGAGGCAUUUUCAGUUUUUUUUUUUUUUGCCAUAGACAGUCAGCACAAUCUGCAGUUACACUAACAAAAAUGCUGCAAAAAACAAAGAAUUAUGGAAAAAUUACACAUGGACUGACAUAGAGGAGGAUCUACACAAGUUUUUUACAUCAUGUUUUACAUCAUGCAUCAUUUACAUCAUGUUUUUUUGUAGUGGCAUAAAUAAAAAGUGACAUUUGUGGGACUAUACAGUGUUUUGUAAAUAAUUUUACAAAGAACGCCUGGGCCAUUGCCUGCAUUUUGAUGUAAAUAGAGGUAAAUUACUAUGUUCUUUGUUAAAAAUUUGCAUAUGUUUUGAAGUUUACAAUUUUUAUUUGAAGUUUAAGUUUUAAAAACAGUUCAUCACACAUAUUUGUGGUUUAAUUUCACAUUAAUUUCCAUAUUGUAUAAAUGACUGGAAAAAACUUGAGCCCCUGCCCCUGUAUAAUCAUGUGCACGUCCCUGUUCUAGCUCCAAGGUGAAUCUUCACUGCUCAUGUUCUCCUCAGAAAUAGUCACCUCACUCUCCUCAGGUUACUGUACACAUGCACCAACUAUCUGCUUCAGGUUUGGAUGGAGCUUCAUGGUUGUCUUUUGGAGAAAUGAACAGUCAAGUUGUGUUUGAAAUCUGAUUUUUUUCAGGGGCAAAAGGAAGCCUCUGCAUUCUUGUCAAAUAUGUAAACAGCAUGUUUUUGCAGGUGCUAAAAAACAGACUCUGAGUGUGUGUGUGUGUGUGUGUGUGUGUGUGUGUAUGUGUGUGUAUCCUGCAGUACUCUGUACUCCUGCAGUGGCCAAAAAGACUUUUAAGAAUGUGGAUUUUUGGGUCAUCUUUGGCGCCCCCUAGAACUGCAGUACUCUGUACUCCUGCAGUGGCCAAAAUGACUUUUAAGAAUGUGGAUUUUUGGGUCAUCUUUGGCGCCCCCUAGAACGUAAACCGUGGGGUGCAGCGUCAUGAUUUUUACAACUUUGAAUGGGCAUGGGGUGUAGAUUGGCCUGAGCAAAUUUGGUAUCGGUGGGACGAAAGCCUUAGGAGGAGAUAGCCACAUUCCAAUGUGUGCGAAUCAACCAAAAAUGCGAAAUAGCCCUUUAACCGUACAUUUUGCAGACACGUGCGCAUUGACUUUUUCGUAGAUCUUAUUGAGAUACACGUGAUUAUCAAAUUUUGUUUCAAUAUGACAAAGCGUACAGGCGUGACACUCAACAAUGUGUAUUUUCACCUUAUAGGACAAGAAAAAAUGGCCUUUUUUCUCCUGCCAUGGGGGGCGCUCUUUUGGGGAGUAAAAAUUCCUUCACAAAUGUGUUGAUGGCUGGACAUUGCAUCAUCCUAGAAAACUUGGAGGCCAGUGAGGACAGAAAUAAAAAGUUAUAAGACUUGUAAGAAUGUGGAUUUUUGGGUUAUCUUUGGCGCCCCCUACAACGUUAACCGUGGGGUGCAGCGUCAUGAUUUGUACAACUUUGAAUGGCCAUGGGGUGUAGAUUGGCCUGAGCAAAUUUGGUGCCGGUGGAACGAAAGCCUUCGGAGGAGUUAGCGAAAUUCCAAUGUGUGCGGAUCGGCAAAAAAUGCGAAAUAGCCCUUUAAACGUACAUUUGACAGAUACGCCCGCACUGACUUUUUUGUAGAUCUUAUUGAGAUACACGUGUGUGUCAAAUUUUGUGUCAUUUUGACAAAGCGUACAGGCGUGACACUCAAUCAUGUGAAUUUUUCACCUUAGGGGGCGCUAUGGAGCCAUUUUGCAUUUGAUUGUUUGGGUGACUUCAGAAUAUCGAAUUUUUCACCAGGCCCGGUCGUCCUGCCAAAUUUCAUGAGUUUUCACCAGUGGGAAGUGGGCCAUUUUCCAGUUCAAAGGGGCAGAAAAAUAAUAAUAAGAAGAAGAAGAACUAGGGCCCCGUUGGGGCACUGGCGGGCCCGAGCCGUGUCGCGCUGCCCCCCCCAACGUGCUGCCUUCCCGUCCCAUUUGUGUCCUCUGGCCAUCGCCCUCUCUGGUAACGCCCAUCACUGCAAAGACCCUUUUCCUUCAUCGGCGUUUGCUGUUCUUCCUGCCAGUGCGUGUUGCUUUCACUUACACUUGCCACAGCCAGCCUCGUGAGUGCCUAGCCUAUUGGAUAUCACUGUCACCUACACAGGACAGUCAUUACCUUUCUAUUAAUACUUUGUGUUUUAAUUUCACAUUAAUUUCCAUAUUGUAUAAACGACUGGAAAAAACUUGAGCCCCUGCCCCUGUAUAAUCAUGUGCAUGUCUCUGUUCUAGCUCCAAGGUGAAUCUUCACUGCUCAUGUUCUCCUCAGAAGCACUCACCUCACUCCCCUCAGGUUACUGUACACAUGCACCAACUGCCUGCUUCAGGUUUGGAUGGAGCUUCAUGGUUGUCUUUUGGAGAAAUGACCAGUCAAGUUGUGUUUGAAAUUUGAUUUUUUUCAGGGGCAAAAGGAGCCUCUGUAUUCUUGUCAAAUAUGUAAAUAGCAUGUUUUUGCAGGUGCUAAAAACCAGACUCUGAGUGUGUGUGUGUGUGUGUGUGUGUGUGUGUGUGUCUGUGUGUGCGUUCAAGUCACAUGACAUAUUUAACCGGAUGUAGCUGCAAGACGGAGCCUCGUUGACUCUCCGUUUCAACUUAUCUCAAAAGUGAGGACCUCAACCUAUAUACCAGUUUUUAAAUUGUGUUGAUAGGCCAAAUAAAACCAGAGUUGUGAUAAAUUAUGUCCGCGAUACUUUUUUUCUGCUUAUUUUGAUCACGUUCGGCGCUCGAUCGCGCUGUAUGAGACAGGAAAACAUAGCAUGCAGACAUUAGCGACAGGUCUUACAGGCGGAAAAGGCUUGCCAAAAGAAAAAAAAAAACACACCACAACAUCUCUCCUAUUGGUGGAAAACUUCACCACAACAACCAAUCCAAAAUUAUAUGGUGACUGAUUGACAAGGGGCGGGCGCUUACGUUCUUCCUGCAACAUGAGAAGGGAGGGAGGGACUCUCAGCAGGGAUGCAGUCUGGGACACGUAGUUGCAAACCUAGCGACUUUGUUGUUAGAUUCAAUGACUUUUCAGACCCCCUAACGACUUUUUUUUAGAAAGAAAGUGACUUUUAUCGACUUCUUCUGGAGUUUAGAGACUCUGACAUGAAGCAGGCUUUCCUUACUGAGGAGUUAGCAACGCUGCUAAGGGUGCAGAGCCACACAUGCGCUCAGAGCUCUGCAUGGGAGACUGAAGCUGACAGAGCUGCAGCAGUUAGCAGGUUUCACCCUCAGAGACCACCAGGGGUUCAUGUUGAGGCAUUUUGAAUUUUUUUUUUUUUUGUGCCAUAGACACUGUCAGCACAAUCUGCAGUUACACUAACAAAAAUUCUGCAAAAAACAAAGAAUUAUGGAAAAAUUACACAUGGACUGACAUAGAGGAGGAUCUACACAAGUUUUUUACAUCAUGUUUUACAUCAUGCAUCAUUUACAUCAUGUUUUUUUGUAGUGGCAUAAAUAAAAAGUGACAUUUGUGAGACUAUACAGUGUUUUGUAAAUAAUUUUACAAAGAACGCCUGGGCCAUUGCCUGCAUUUUGAUGUAAAUAGAGGUAAAUCACUAUGUUUUUUGUUUAAAAUUUGCAUAUGUUUUGAAGUUUACAAUUUUUAUUUGAAGUUUAAGUUUUAAAAACAGUUCAUCACACAUAUUAUGGUUUUCACAGUAAAAAUGUUACUUUUUUCCACUCGGAUUUUAUGUUUUGUGUGUGGAUUUGGGUCCAUUGUGUAAAUUCAGUAUGUCAACAUGAUAAAAUAACUGUAAAUUCGCACAGGUGAGGUUGUGCUGAAAAAAAUGAUACCAGGCAAGGCACGUGAUUGUCAUAUUUUGUGUCAAUAUGACAAAGCGUAUAGGCGUGAAUCUCAACAAUAUGUAUUUUCACCUUAGGGGACAAGAAAAAAUGGACUUUUUUCUCCUGCCAUGGGGGGGCGCUCUUUUGGGGAGUAAAAAUUCCUUCACAAAUGUGUUGAUGGCUGGACAUUGCAUCAUCCUAGAAAACUUGGAGGCCAGUGAGGACAAAAAUAAAAAGUUAUAAGACUUUUAAAUAUGUGGAUUUUAGGGUUAUCUUUGGCGCCCCCUAGAACCUAAACCGCGGGGUGCAGCGUCAUGAUUUGAAUAACUUUUAAUGGCCAUGGGGUGUAGAUUGGCCUGAGCAAAUGUGGUGCCGGUGGAACGAAAGCCUUAGGAGAAGUUAGCCACAUUCCAAUGUGUGCGGAUCGGCAAAAAAUGCGGAAUAACCCUUUAACCGUACAUUUGACAGAUACGCGCGCAUUGACUUUUUCGUAGAUCUUAUUGAGUUACAUGUGUGUGUCAAUUUUUGUGUCAUUUUGACAAAGCGUAUAGGCGUGACACUCAACAAUGUGUAUUUUCACCUUAGGGGACAAGAAAAAAUGGACUUUUUUCUCCUGCCAUGGGGGGGCGCUCUUUUGGGGAGUAAAAAUUCCUUCACAAAUGUGUUGAUGGCUGGACAUUGCAUCAUCCUAGAAAACUUGGAGGCCAGUGAGGACAAAAAUAAAAAGUUAUAAGACUUUUAAAUAUGUGGAUUUUAGGGUUAUCUUUGGCGCCCCCUAGAACCUAAACCUUGGGGUGCAGCGUCAUGAUUUUGAUAACUUUUAAUGGCCACGGGGUGUAGAUUGGCCUGAGCAAAUGUGGUGCCGGUGGAACGAAAGCCUUCGGAGGAGUUAGCGAAAUUCCAAUGUGUGCGGAUCGGCAAAAAAUGCGAAAUAACCCUUUAACCGUAAUUUUGACAGAUACGGCCGCACUGACUUUUUUGUAGAUCUUAUUGAGAUACAUAUGUGUGUCAAUUUUUGUGUCAAUAUGACAAAGCGUACAGGCGUGACAGUCAACAGUGUGAAUUUCCACCUUAGGGGGCGCUAUGGAGCCAUUUUGCAUUUUAUUGUUUGGGUGACUUCAGAAUAUCGAAUUUUUCACCAGGCCCGGUCGUCCUGCCAAAUUUCAUGAGUUUUCGCCAGUGGGAAGUGGGCCAUUUUCCAGUUCAAAGGGGAGGAAAAAGAAGAAAGAAAGAAAGAAAGAAAGUAAGAAACAAAGAAAAACCACUUGGGGAAUAAUAGGGCCUACGCCCGGCUGCUCUGCAGCUGGCUCGGGCCCUAAAAAGAAACAAAGAAAAACCACUUGGGGAAUAAUAGGGCUCUCGCAGCUGCUUAGCAGCUACACUCGGGCCCUAAAAAGGACGAUACGUCCGACUUACGACGAUGGUGAUGAGGGUCAGAGACCGUGUGCUCUUCCUGUUCCCCAGAUCACUGCUUCACCUGUGUCUCUUUUGUAUCAUUUACCUGAAGCGCCCCUUGUGGUGAUUGUACGAGUAACAAAAUAAUGAUAAUAAUAAUAAUAAUUUAGAUAAAAUGGCUCAUACAAUGUUGUUGCUGGAGGUCAAUUUGCUAGAUAAAUAGAUUUGGGUGUCGUCUGCGUAAAAAGAUACUAAAAGACUUACGCUGAUGGCGUCACGGGGAAAUGCAGGAAAAGUUUUAUAAAAAUUCUGGAUUUCUUCCCCCUGAACGUCUGAAAACCCUGAAGGAUGUUUACGGUGAAUUUGUGCUUCAGUGUUUCGAGGAGAACUCCUGAAACCGAUCGAUGAAACCGAGCGUGUCUUUCAGAGAGAACCGGCUCAGAGGACCGAGGGCAGGAUAUCCACAGUGAUCAGCUGAUGAGUGACCUUGUCAGGGUCAUAACCUCCUGAGAUCUCCCCGUUGAGUUUGACGUUGAGUUUCCUCGGUCAAACACUUUCAGGAGUUUGUUUUCGUUAUCGUCCCUGAAGACUCGGAGAUUCGUCUCCUUCGCCGUAUGUUUGUCGUUUUCCUCGCUCACUCCCAACAUCAGCGCUCGUUGUAUCCGUGGACCACGGCCUGUAAAACAUCCUGCAGUUUCCCGCAGAGAUAAUGACAGAGCCUGAACCUGACAUUAUCAGAGAGACAAAGACUAAAAGCAGCUGCUGCACGCUCAGGCACGCUCAUCCUCUCAGUUCAGGAUGUGUCACCAACAAUGAGCGAGAACACUUUGGGGAUAUGAAGCAUUUAGCGCUGAGUAAACGCUCAUUUGGUGGAUCUUCUCCCUCCCUCUGUGUGAUGUGGUUUAAGACUUUCUCCUCUGACGCUGACGAGGCGUUUUUAUGGAAGCCCAUUUCCGCCAGUCAAAAAAAAAAAAAAAAAGUCUAAAUUAUGAGAUAAAAAGUCAAAAUUAUGAGAUUAAAAAGUCGAAAUUAUGAGAUUUUAAAGUCGAAAUUAUGAGAUUUUAAAGUCAUAAUUAUGAGAUAAAAAGUCUAAAUUAUGAGAUUAAAAAGUCGAAAUUAUGAGAUUUUAAAGUCGAAAUUAUGAGAUUUUAAAGUCAUAAUUAUGAGAUAAAAAGUCUAAAUUAUGAGAUUAAAAAGUCUAAAUUAUGAGAUUUUAAAGUCGAAAUUAUGAGAUUUUAAAGUCAUAAUUAUGAGAUAAAAAGUCUAAAUUAUGAGAUUAAAAAGUCGAAAUUAUGAGAUUUUAAAGUCGAAAUUAUGAGAUUUUAAAGUCAUAAUUAUGAGAUAAAAAGUCUAAAUUAUGAGAUUAAAAAGUCUAAAUUAUGAGAUUAAAAAUCGAAAUUAUGUGAUAGUAAGUGCGCAUGUUUUAUGGCGCCGUCUUCAAGGUCUCACUUCACCUCACCGGAUGCACCAUGCAAACAAUACUCAUCAGUAAAUUAGGAAAGUAUUAUAGGUGUCUUUGAUAGAUAUUAAAUAUUACUAUUCAUUUAAUCAGCCCGUCCGUGCUGCUAAACAAAUUACGUUAUUUUGACAAUAUCUUUCAGCUGUCAGUGAAUCAUCGUUUUGAAGUAACGUUUAUGCCACUAGAUGGUGACACUGAGACAGGAACAGUGUCCGUACUUUCUACCUGUGAGUUGCAUUAUGUUACUUAGAGUCGGCUACAAAUGUCUCCACAAAGGUCUUUGUUAAGAGUUGGUAAGUGUUAUCAGAGCUAGUUUUACAUGUAACACUGUGUUCUCCAGCAUGUUGAAAAGUCAUGCGAAAAUUGUACACUGUGCACUCAUAAUUUCGACUUUAAAAUCUCAUAAUUUCGACUUUUAAAUCUCAUAAUUUUGACUUUUUAUCUCAUAAUCAUGACUUUUUAAUCUCAUAAUCAUGACUUUUUAUCUCAUAAUUUCGACAUUUUUUUUUUUUUUUGACUGGCGGAAAUGGGCUUCCAUACGUUUUUCACUCUUUGUUUUGAGUGUUUUUUUUUCCCUCUCUAAGAAACCGAAUCCCUGAGCGUCUGGACUCAGAUACGGUUUUUCUUUUGAUGAAGCUCAGGAGCGACGGAGGAGGAGGAGGAGGGAUCUGCAGAGACACUGGAGAGAAAUAAAAGUCUGAUCUUGAGACACACAGCAGCUUCUCUGAGCCGAUUCCAGCGUCAGGUUCAGACUGAGAUCAUCUUCAGGAGGAGGACUUUGGCUCGUGGUGUCGGCACAGACGAGAACGAGGAAAACCGGCCCAGAGAUGAGCUCAGGGUUUCCUUUUUAGAAAUCUUAUCAGCUCCUCUGCGCUGAAGUUUGGUGGUAUGAAGUCAUGUUUCUGAGACUGUUUGGUUUUUAUCUUCUGAGAGCAAAGAGUGACGACGGUGGAAAUUACAGAAACUCAACUGAAAACAUGAAUCUUCUGUGUUUCAUGUUCAGAUUUUUGUAGAGACGAAAGACGACAGCUAGUCCAGUUUUACAAACACCUGUGGACUCAGGUGGACUCGGCUUUAUUCAGGAUUCGACUCUCUCCCCUGUCCGGGUCUACAUGAAGUUUCUCUGACUGAAUCGUCUCCUAAAGCCACAAAUUUUCUAAAUAAUUGAUCAGCUUCGAUUCUUCUGUGUGAAACACUCCCUGAAUAAUAAUAACUCCAAACUAACACAAACACAGAAACAGUUUCUAAAGGUCUGCAGAAAAUACCUCCUGGUUGAUUUCUGGGAUUUGUAAGAACUAAAGCUGAGAGGAGGAGGAGGAGGAGGAGGAGGAGGAGGAGGAGGAGGAGGUGUUUGUAUCUCUGUGUCUGAAAAGCAAAGGGACAGAUUCAUGAUGAGAGAGGUUGUCAGUAAGGUUACACGAUAUUGGAAAAAAACUAACAUUGCAAUUUUUUUCUUUCCUGCGAAAAAUCGAGGAGUUUUCAUCAGAUGAUCUGAAUCUGAGUUUCUGCUGAAGUCUUGAGGACAGUUAACCUGCACUGAUCUUCCCUCUUUAGUGAAUGUUAGUAGACUGUCUUCUGUCUGUCUCAGAGAUAUUUUUAGUUUUUAUUGUUCUGGACGUUACCAUGGAAACAGAUGAACACAGAACACGUGUUUUAGUCGACGUCAUCCUUCUUAGAACUGAAAUAGUUCCUGAUAAGUGACUUUACUUUUCUUUUUACCAACAAAUCUUCAUUUUCUGUGGUUUUCUCUUGUUCGUUUCUCAUUUUGCGAUCGUUGUUGUUGUUACCGGUGUUGUGCUGAGAAACGUAUGCCCGCCAAGAAUUGCAUCUACCUUGCGGAAAUGCCCUUAAAGUCGAGUGGUCCACAGAAAUGUACGAUUUCAAACCCAAACAGGGAUAAACAGUGAUGAGUAACGUUUCUCUGCACAACACCGGCAGCGCAAGCGACUCACUCCAUGUGCAGGGGCAUGGUUUCCUCCUCUCUGAUUUUGAUUGACGGCUGUCAGGGUAGUCUGAUUGGCAACUGAGUAAAGAACGAAUGUGAUUGGUGGAUCGCUGCACAGCACAUGCAGAGUCACAUGCUGUGUAUCUCAGUCAGUUACUCUUGAAAUUAGACGAGUUCAUUCGCCUCCGACAUCACAGGCUCUGACGUGCGCAAACGUCCAUCGCCAUGACGAUGCUCAAACGAUAUAUCGUGCAGCCCUAGUUGUGGGGAUCUUGAUCGUUUAGUGAGCAAACAUCUGGUGGGCUGAAACGUGAGCGUCUUUGUUUAUCCUGAAAUGGUUUUAAGUUUCUUAUCUUCUGAUUUUCGAUCCUGGAUGAUAUCGAUAUUAUGAUUUUUUUCAGUGUUUUUAAAAAGCUUUUAUGUUUUCUCUUUUAGUUUUGUGAAUAUAAGUCUAACCCACUCUUACCUGACUUAUCUUACAUUAGUCCAGGUCCUGACGUAUCUGUGCCAAAGUGAACCUUCUCUUCACACUGAACUUCUGGGUUCAUGUUUCAGGUCGUACCUGUAACAUCGUCGCUCUCUCUUAUUGUCCGACUGAAACCUGAGCUGAUGAUUCAACACCCCUCCUCCGUGGUGAUCAUAAAACCAGACUGUGUGACUCUGUUUCCUCUCUGUGUGUCUCUGCAGGCCAGACCGAGGCCGAGCUGAAGGAGUUCAGUCCGUACUACAGGAAGCAGUUCUCGGUGGCCCGCUUCUCUCAGGUGGAAGAUGAUCUGGAGCAGCAGAAGGAGAAGAUCACACAGCUGCUCAAACAACGGGUGAGGAGCUUCGGUCCUUAAAAUGAGUAAAACGAAGCAGAGGUUUGGUCACAGCUCGGCAGGAGAACUGCACCGUCAGCAGAUUUUACAGGUGUGAUUAAGAUCUGUAAGGUGAUCCGGCUCUUUCGGGGCCAGAACGUGAAGCUGAAGGGAUCAGUUUUUCCUCAUAAUCCAGAAGAGGAGUCGAUGUGAGUGAAGAGGGUGAUUUCCAAACGCUGGACGGAUCAUUUUCCUUCUUAACCGUUGAGUAACAGUCCUGGAGAAAGUCACUUCAUUUUUCAUAAAUAUUCCUUCAGCAGCGACGUUAGAUCAUCAGACAGAGUCGUUUUUAAAAUUCAGCGAAAAAUCUAAAUAAAAGAAGUAAAUUUUAACGUGACAGAGUUCGUGAACAUCUCUGAUAUCAGCUCUGACUUUUUCACAAUAAAGAAAUGAACUUUUAGAAACUGUUCAUCCUUUCAUACGCUGUAGUUUUACAUCAAUGUUUAAUACUUUAACUACCACACCUUCAUCAGACAUUAUAUUCACUCUGUUCAACACUUUUAAUCAAAAAUAGGGUUAAAAAAUCUCUGGAAUAUCCCUUUAACUUUAUUUUAAUCUAUAUUAGUCACUUCAAAGAGAGGGUCCAGAUUAAUAAAUCAAACCGUGCUCACGUUAAUCCAGUGUUGCCAACUCCUCAGUCAGGAAAGUAGCUAUUGGCUGUCCUAAAAGUCGCUUAAUGGCGUCAUCGUCCAAUUUGCAUAAUUGGCGAAUUGUAAUGGACGCUGUAAGGGAGAGAAAUAACGUCAUGGGAGGGACCAAAAGUGAGAAAAAAACACCCCAAAUAUGUUUAGAACUACAAAUGAACUUUAUUUCAGCAAAAAUGACCCAAACGAGACAAUUUGGUGGAGAAACUGAGGUUUUUAAAAGUUUAUUAAAAGUUUAUUCAGGUUUUGUUCGGUUUUAAACGACCAGCGGCGGCUUUGCGCGACUCAUUCGUAGUAGUCUGGAUGUGGAGGAGUUUUGUAACGCAUGAGGACUGAGCCGCCUGUGAGACGGGGGAGAGGCUCACGGCAGCACACGCUGCUCGUUAAGAAGAGUAGGCGAUGCGUGCUUUAACGUCAGAGUCUCCAAUGACGCCACAAAAAGCCGCUAGAUUUGUCGCUAGUCGCUUUUUUUGAAAAUUAGUCGCCAGAGGGAUCUGGAAACCUGCAAAACAUCGCAACAAAAUCGCUAAGUUGGCAACACUGCGCUACUGUGUGUUCAUGAAGUGUGUGUGUGUGUUGACCAGGACUCUCCUGAAGUGGGCGCUGUUCUGUAUGAAGACCUCCUCCUCUUCUUUGAUGAAACCAGGAAGUGGAGAGAGAGGUACGUGGUCGUGCGAGCGAACUACUGCCUGGAGUGUCACGACAGCCUGGAGGUGAGCGCUACGCUAACGUCGGGACUUUUAGGUGAAAUAUUUUAACAUCCGUGAAUUUUCAGUUUCUUCUUUUUUUUUUGUUUUUUGUCGUCGUCCUUCAGAAUUUCGUCAAAGGUGUUCCUCCGCGGCAGACGCUGCUGCCUACAGGGGGCGCUGUCCUGACCACAGAGGAGAAGUACAUGGCCAUGGUGGAUAAAUGCUUCCCUGACGACACCAGUGAGUAACAGGAAACAGUCAAAGUAAACCUAAAAUUUCCCAGAGUUCCCAGCGUGAAUGUGAAAGGAGUCAUUUUUCACACAUGCUCUUUUUUCAGUGAAAUUUUGGAAAAUGUCAGGAUUAUGUGACGCGUAAAAGAGCUCAUGUAAAUUCAGGAAACUACACCAUGAGGGAGUGGGCGGACUGAUGAGGUUUGGUGGUGUUGUAAAGUGACUUCCUCUGUUUCCUUCGACUGUGAGGGAAAACUCUGGAAAAUGUCAGGAGCACGCUGUCCUGAAAUCUUCUCGUAUCAACUUUGGAGAGAGCAUCAGGGCUGGGUACCAUUUCAGUUUGAUCAGUUCUGGUUCUGAAUCCUUCGUUCCAGUUCAAGGAUCUAUGAAGAGAAAAAAAAAAACAUUUCAGGAGCAAAAAAAAACCUGACUUUAUCGUUCUUUUUCCUUCAUUCAUCAAACCAGAAAAAUCUGAACUAAACAAACGCUUCACCGCCACAGCAGGUCGAGCUACUAAAACUUUGUGAGGACUGCAGAGAUCUCGCUGAAGCUUAGUCCUGAGAUGUAGGGCUGGGCGACAAACUGAAAAUUUACGACAAUAACCAAUGUCAUUUCGUCCACAUCGGUAUAUUUGGUGUCAAAUAAAUCAAUAAAUCAAAGUUGUUGUUGGAUGUGUGUAGGUAGGCUAUGGUCUCAUGUCCCUUUAAGACGCUGUCCUACAUCAGAGACGUGACUCCACCCCAUCCAGUCUGUAACAAAGAGGGAAAGACAGGUGAGGAGAUGGAGGACGGAGAGAAAGUUGGAGCAGCUGAAGUAGACAAAGUUAAUGUGGGAGGGGGUGAGCAGCUUGUGGAGUAGUUAUCGUCCAUUUAUCGUUAUCGAGGUAAACUGAUCAAUAUAUUGUGAUAUUGAUUUGAGGCCAUAUCGACCAGCCCUAGCCUGGGAGUGUUACGUCUGAUCACGGAGGGGAGGCGGUCCAGUGAAACCCAGAUUUAACAGGAACACCUGAAACAGCUGGAGGGAGACCCAAACACAGGACUAGACUAGAGGGGUAUCUAAACGGGGUCCAGAAGACUUAAAAACCAGAGACUGGGACCACAAACUCGUCAGGACAAAGUUGAAAUUUAAAAUAAAUCCACUGAGAAGCAGAACCAUUUCUGUUUUGUAGAACCAGCCCAGCGCCCCCUGCUGGUCAGUAAAAAUGCAGUUACAGGAUGAUUUCAGUAUCAGACGUUCGGUCUCCUGAUAAGACAGUGACCUCUGAAGACGGUCGACCUUUUACAUAACUCGCUCUCUGGCUGUUUGCACACAAACAUGAACUCAUGAAGGAGCGAUUAUAUAAACGAUUUAAAAAUGUCUAUGGUACUCAGAUCGACCUGCAGCAGGUACACCUUUACACACUCCUACACACACAUUCAUGUCUUUGAUAUCAUCUGGGUACAAUCACUUUUAUUGGUCAGAUGGGGACUCUGUGUCUGAUCGAUCCAAAAACAAAACAACAAAACUGGUCCUUUUAUUAUCUUUAUGAAUGAACCUGCAGAAUAAAUAACAUGAUCCUGUGAUUCUCCAUCUUUGGUUUCAUUUAUGUUUUACGGAGAAUAAAGAAGCUCCUAAACUCGGCCUCCUGAGUCGUUUAUUUCGACCUUUAUUGGUGUUCAAACCUUCGUGAAUCUUUAAUCUCAGAGGAGGGAAACUUUGAGAGUUCCUCACUGUGAUUAUGAAGAGUAAUCCCACCCCCACAGGUGUUUCAUGAAGCUAAAAGCAGCUCAGGUGGGAGUUUUUGUCACAAACACAGAAGACUUCGUUAUUAUUCACUUUCCCCACAAACGAUAAAAGUUAAAAAAAAAACCUGAGAAUCAUCCAGAAAAGAAACGUGAACUUUACUGUCGAUGUUAAAAUCAGACGCUCAGGUUCUGGUUCUGAUUCUGUUUCUGUGUUUCAGAUGUGAAGGAGGACUUCGCCCCCCCUCUGUCCGGGAUGCCGGGUCAGUUCCCGGUCUACCUGCGUCUCCCUUACAGGAGAGACUCGUACUUCUGCUUCAAACAGCAGGCCAAACAGACGGCCUUCCUCUCCAUCCUGUCAGACUGCAUCAGACACCAGAACCAAGGUAGGACCCAGAUCCAGCAGACCUGAACACAGCAGCGGGUUUGUAGAUCUGAAAUAACCACCUGGACUCUGACAGAAACAUUUGGAGCAUCAGGACCCCAAAAACCAGGACCCCAAAUUCUGUCAAAUUCAGUCUAGAGACCCUAAUUUUGUCUUAAAUCAGGGUCACUGGAUCCACAAAGAGGUCUGAGCCGGUCUGAGCCGGUCUCAGUGAAGGUCCAGUCUGCCUCAUAUGGACGGUCAGACUCCUCCACGGCUGAGUCUCAGACUUUAACGUCUCCCGGGGGCGAGUGUUUUGAUGCUCAGAGAAAAUACUUUAGUCUGUGCAGCAUCAGUUGGACCCCUUUAGUCAGUUUCCAUGGUAACAGCCUCACCACACCAGAGAGGACGUUUAAUCGUGUUAGAGCAGAGCGGAGAUCUCCUUCAGCUCAUGAUCUGUGAAGACUCGAUCCACGUUAUUCCUGACUGAUCUGGGUGUUUUACCGGCGUGUCUGUGUGUCUCAGACUUCCUGAAGAAGAAGACGUGUGAGGUGCAGGCGUUCCUCAAAGCCAUCCAGCUCUACAGACAGGACAGAGGACAGUUCGAGGCCUGGGACAUGCUGAUAGGAAGUGAUGUCAGGGUACGUCUCUCUCUCCUACCUCGAGUUUCGUUGCUUUUCUUUAGCUUCCCUUUUUUUUUGUUUUACUGGAGAGAAAAUGUCCAAAGAGUUAUUUCUGACUUCUGCAGAAACAUCAUCAUCUUAUUCCUGAAUCUGAGGCUGAGCCGUUCUUCUGCUGAUAUCAGCAAAGUCCUCUCAGAGUCGGAAAUGUUGAAAUGAUUUUAAUUUCUCUGCGUCUUUAAAUAAAUCUGAGACUUCCUCUUUCUCUUCGUUUCACUCUUUUCUUCUUUCUUUUCUUCUGAGAUGAAAGUUUGAAUAUUUGCGGGAAGGGUGUUUGUCUGAAAGAGUCCCCUCAUGUUUGCAUCCUCUCACUCAGGUCGUUUACAUGUACAGAUUAAUCGACUAAACUCAUAAUUCGUCUUUUUCUCUGAAUCAGACUUCUCUCCUCGUCCUCGUUUA